AUGAGUCAAUCCGGCCCUCCCGCCGACGCAAAGCAAGCCCAAGCCGCCGCCCUAGCAGAACUAGAAGCGGCGCAGCGGAAAAAGCGCGCCAUCGAUACCAGCCUAGCAAACCUCGAAACAGCAAUCUACAACUUUGAAGGCAGCUACCUCGAAGAGACCGCCGCGUCGGGAGGCAACAUCAUCAAGGGAUUUGACAAUUACCUCAAACCCAACACGACGGCCACCAAAAAGAAGCAGGACAAUAUCGAGGCGGACCGGUUAUUCAGCAUGAGCAGCGGGACGCAUCAACAAAGCUUGGACGCCAAGGCGCAUUCUGAUCAGAUGGCUUACAUGACGAGGCGAUAG